UUUUCAAAUUCGAAUACCUUUCGUUCGGACUGUUUUGUUUUCGAACAUCUUUCAUUCGAAUCAAACCAAACGUCAAACCCACUUUGUUUAUGAAGGAGUGAAUAAUUUCCGCAGCGGAUGAGCGGUGAACUGCAAAAAUGGAAAAAAACAAAAACAAAACAACCACUAAAAAUCAGUUCGAGCGGAUUGUGCUGCUUCUGGAGCAAGAGCCGGACAUAGCAAAGGGUUUCUCCCGAGGAAAUUCCGGACCCUUCUGGGAUGAUCUGGCGGCAGAAGUCAAUAGUUUGGGACCGCCUAUUCGCGAUGGAAGUGGAUGGAAAAAGGUUUGGGCGGACUAUAAGUCCGGAUUAAAGCGAAAACUCGCUCACAACAAACGGGAGCAGAGGGCGACAGGUGGAGGACCCAAUAAAAUUAUCAAUUUGUCCGAGCUGGAGGAGCAGGCAGUUCGUACAACAUUGAACUUCACUCGUUGUUUCUCGAUGUGA